CUUAAAUUCUGAAUCUGAAAAGCCACUUGUAAUAAAAUAUGAUUCACGUGAUACGCGGAUUUACUUGCGUGGCCUCACUGCCAAUCUUGCCAUUAUAAGAAAGAUCCAAUCUGCCAUAGUUCUUGCAUCCCGUCGACACCGAGAUCCGUGUCCACACUGUUCACGAUCACAUCGAUCGAGUUCGAGCUCCAAGAACAUGGCAGAAUCCAAGAGAGACGAAGCUUCUCCCCUGCACGUAGUGGUGUUCCCAUGGCUCGCAUUCGGCCACAUGAUCCCCUUCCUCGAGCUCUCGGAGCAGCUCGCCAAGCGCGGCCACUUCGUCACCUUCGUCUCAGCCCCGAGGAACCUCGCCAGGCUGAGGCCCGUCGUCCCGGAGGUCAGGCCACGCAUCCGCCUCGCGCCACUGCCCCUGCCGCGCGUCGAGGGCCUCCCGGACGGCGCCGAGUCGACGGCCGACGUGCCACCGGAGAAGGUCGAGCUCCUCAAGGUCGCCUUCGACGGCCUCGCCGCCCCCUUCGCCGCCUUCCUCGCCGGGGCCUGCGCCGGUGGGAAGUCCGGAGCCGGAGAAGGGCACGGCAGGAAGCCGGACUGGAUCGUCCACGACUUCGCGCACCACUGGCUCCCGCCCAUCGCCGACGAGCACGGGGUGCCGUGCGCGGCGUUCUUCAUCUUUCCGGCGGCCUGCGUCGCGUUCAUCGGCCCCAAGGCGCUCAACGACGCGCACCCGAGGUCCGCGGCGGCGGACUUCACCGUCGCGCCGCCGUGGAUCCCUUCCUCAUUGUCCCAUGUCGCGUACCGCGGCCACGAGGCCGAGUGGGUCGUCGGGGCGUGGGGGCCCAACGCCUCGGGCGUCUCCGACACAGCCCGCAUCUGGGAGACGAUGGAGCGCUGCCCGCUCCUCGUGUGCCGCUGCAGCCGCGAGGUCGACGGCCCGCUCUGCGACCUCCUCGGCGAGAUCUACGGCAAGCCCGUCCUCCCCUCCGGCCUCCUCGCGCCACACGACGCUGCCACCCGCGCUUCCUCGGCUGCCGGGGACGACGACCACGACGACGACGAGGAGACCGCGGGCCUCAUGCGCUGGCUCGACGCCCAGCCGGGGAGGUCCGUGCUCUACGUGGCGUUCGGGAGCGAGGCGCCGCUGGCGCCGGAGCACGUCCGCGCGCUCGCGCUCGGGCUGGAGCUCGCCGGCGUGCGCUUCCUCUGGGCCCUCCGGAGGCCGCUCGGCGAGGCGCGGCCGGAGCUCCCGGACGGGUUCGAGGCCCGCGCGCGCGCCGCCGGCCGCGGGGUGGUGCGCGUCGGCUGGGUGCCGCAGGUGCGGGUGCUCGCGCACGCCGCCGUGGGCGCCUUCCUGACGCACGCCGGGUGGAGCUCCCUCAUGGAGAGCUUUCUGUUCGGGCACCCGCUGGUGAUGCUGCCGCUGUUCGCCGACCAGGGCCUCACGGCGCGGCUGAUGGCGGCGCGGCGCGUCGGCCUGGAGGUGCCGUGGAACGGCCGCGCGUUCGCCGCCGAGGACGUCGCGGCGACGGUGCGGCGGGUGAUGGUGGGGGAGGAAGGGAAGGAGCUCGCGCGCAACGCCGGGGAGCUGCGGGAGGUUCUCUGGGACACGGCGAGGCAGGGGAGGUACAUCGACGAGCUCGUCGAGCACCUGCAGCAGCGCCGCCGCGGAGCCUUGGCUGCAACGUGCACGAGCACGACGCAGUGCUCCGUGUUAGUUGAUAAGCUAGAUGUUUUAUUUCCUUCCUAGUUUUCCUUUCUGUUAGGCAGUGAGGCGGGCGCGCAUCAGUAGGAUCGUGUUGCCCGGUUCUGGCGCACACCCGCGCUGCGUCGUGAGGGUGUGCACCGCGGCGCUCUCCGCCAAGACCGGAUCAAGGACUGCGUGGGAUGGCACGCACGUUCCCGAUCGUGGAGGUUUGUUAGCCAGUAGUUACGUUGUUUAACUUCCUACUUAUAUGGAAUAAAGCACAACAGAAAAGCUGCUCUCUGCGGCACAA